UUUCCGUGCACACAUUCGUACAUUCGUAGUGGUGCAUUUUUUAUAUUCGUGACACAUAUGGCGAGAUACGCCUAUCCAUGAGAACCAACGCGCAGAAAUAGCCAGCGGAAAACGCGCGUGUUUAGUUGCGUGGAGAAGACGGGUGAGCUUUCGUGGUCUAUCGAUUUCGAGUGUACGAGUCGACCUUUUCCGCAAUAUUCUGGAGCUUGCGGAUAAAACUCGUUUCGAGAAGACACGCCCUGUCGCAUCUUUAGAAUGUCCUUUCGUGAUGUGAUCAAAGCAUAUUCGAAACAACCGAUCUCCUUGUAUCGGAGUGUGGGAAAGACGAGAGAGCAGAUCAAAGACUAAAAGCAUGUGCUGUAAAAUGCGUUGGAAAUAAAUGCGCAGUUUAGUGAUGUGUUUAACGUUAAGCGUUGAGAGAGAGUCUGCUUCUUGUCGUACAAUACUUCUCGAAAUCGUAAAUCGAAAAUACAAUUGCCACGAAAGAUGAGCGCCCACAACAUGAUGGCCAGCAUCGGUCGCACCUUGGUUAAUCGCGACAGCAAACCAUCGGCGCCCAACGAGAUACGUUUCGCCGGUGAAGAACGGAAAGACAAGCUCUAUGAGCCUAAGCACAAGCAAAAACUGGUGCGAGUAUUGACAGUAGUCGCAUAUGUCAUAUUCGUCAGCAUGGCUGCCAUACUACUCUCUCUGUAUUACACCUUCGUCUGGAAUCCUAAGGUCCAGGACAGGAAACCGAGGAUCAACAAGUCAGAUUGUGCUAAAUCUCUUCCCGUCAACUCUCUCACGACUCUGUCGAUUUUCAAUGAAACACAGAUCAAAGGGAUGACCGCGAAAUUUAUGACGAUAAAUAAUAAACAGCUGGAGGAAGCGGAUAUAUCGACCACGCAACGACAGAAAGGUCUUUGGGAAAUCUUGACGGAAACCACGGAUAUCGAGGAAACGUCUAUUGAGCUCAUGUCGAUUCCGACAGUACGGGAUUAUCGCAACAAUUUCACUAGCACUGUAAACAUUGACGAUGACGAUAGCGUUACAUAAACAAAUAUUAGAUUUUUAUACUUUCUAACUUGAACGGGAAAAUACAAGCUAAAGGGAAGCUAAACUAGUAAUCGCUAAUAGAGUAUUAACACCUAUUACUAUGUUCAUAAAAAUGUGAUUUUUCCACUUUAAGGACAGAGAAUGUUUCGAAAUUGCAUUGAUUUAAAUUGGCCAAAUGACAAAUCUUAUAAAGAUUAAAAUCACUCUCCGAAACACAGAUAUAAAAGUUAGACACAUAAAUAAUUUAGCAAUGUCUAGUUAUAUGAAUGAUACUGUCGCGAUAAAAUCAACAUACAAUAAUAAUAAAUAAUAAAAUCAUAAGCAAAAUUCAUAUAUUCCAUUGUAAACGAAUCAUCUCUAUUACGAAUUAAUUUUAAUUUUAUGUUAAUUGCUUAACAAUAUAUUUCUAAAUUAAUCUAUAAUAUGAUUAGAUAAUAUGAUUAGAUGUAAUCUUUUGUAAGAGUUAUUUUUCCAAAUUUCUUAUUGCUUGAAAAGUACUUUAGAGAAUAUUUUUGUAUUAUAUUAUUAUAGAAAUGUAGUAAAAUAAUGUAAUUAUAAAAAACAAAUUUAUUAUAAUUCUACUAAUUUAUUGCCGCAAUUGAAAUUCGUCCAAUGUAUCAUAUAAGUUUUAUAUGAUUAAUAAAGGCUAUACACAUUAAA